AGCCAGUACAUGUUGUACAUGAACGAGUAGAUUGUUUACUUUAUUGGUAUGUUGCCAGGCGAGGCUAGUAUUUGUGGUGUUUGCCUAGCCUACCGUGCAAGGCAUUGUGCGUUGGUCGGUAACGAGCUGAGCCAAAUUAUAAUUUGAAUUAUUUUUAAAGCAACACCUUAUACAGAUAAUUACUCAUAAACAGUGUCAUCGUAACCACGCAACGACAGGUUGUUAGUUUUAAUCAUCGGGAUACUAAACUAUUCUAAGCAGUGCUCGGAUUUAAAGAAGAUUGUGUUAAUACGAGAUAUUUGACAUCAUAUUAGGAGAAUUUGUACUCAUGCAGGUUUCUUCUCAGAUCUUUCAAGAAAACAAGGUACGAUGUAAAACGUUCAGCUAGAAUCGGUUUAUUGACAUACCAAAGAUGGCAAUGGCAUUUUCUCCACGCUUGCUGAAACAUCAGGUUGGAGUUCAUGUAGAAGUCAAACGUAUACUUGACUUCAUGACAGAAACAAAAGAUGUUUCCUUCGACACCAUUGUCAAAUCAUUGCACAAAGCAACAGAUAUACAACAGAAAAUCAAAGAUAAGCUAAAAGACUUUGAUAUCGAUGUAAUAAUUAUCGACGAUGCAAAUGAUGUGAACUCAACACUCGAAUACCUACAAGAAAAACAGAAAUCAGACGAGGAUGUUCUUGCAUAUGUUCGCCUGUAUAUGAAUGAUGAAACAAAGAAUACAGUCUGGUUGAAAUGUGACUUUCCAUGUCCUGUUGUCUUUGAUUUCUGCAAGACAAAAGCUGUAAGCGUAAUUGAUCACAGUGCGAUUGAAAAGGCUUGCAAUGAAGAAUUUAGUCUCGGCAGUGCAGCUGUUCGAAAGCAGAUUGCCAAACUCAAAGAUUACUUUGACGACUAUGCAUCCAAUCUUUGGAAAGUCAUAUCCACAUAUGAUGAUGAGGAACAAAUAUACAAGUUUAUCAAGGAUGCUUUCGACGAGUACACAAACGAACAUAAAUUGCAACACUUUGCUUGUGAUGUAUGGCUUUGUGGUUAUCCCAACACACCUUACCGGUUACGCAAUGUCUUCGAGGUGAAGGCAAAUAAAUCAAAACUUGUCAAUGCUAUUUUAAAAGAAGUUUGUCAGAAUAUCAACAACUCAAUAAGAAGAAAAAUAUGGAACAAAAUUCUGAAGCAGUUAGACAUGACGGCAUUCGAAGCUGUAGAAUGGGACGUUUCGAGAAAUCCAGUGGGUGAUGUAACUUUUGCCGGGAUUUUCAUAUGGAUUUUUGAUGUCGUGUGGACUGACAUUCGUUUGAUAAUUUCAGCUGUGGUCACAUUAUUCAAGCCUCAGGAUAUCAACUCGGCAACAUGGCGGAAAGAUAUUGCAACGGCGACGUACCAAUCUUUGCAGAGGAGGAAAAAUGACAUCGUGAAUGAAAUAAACAAGCCAUACCAGGCCAAGUGCAAACAUAGCAUUGGUAAAAUUGAACAAGAAAUUCGGGAAACACAAAAAAUACCAAACAGCGCAAAAAAUAACCCUGGUUGCAAACUGACAGCUGCUAGCUAUGGUACUGACGAAUUUGGCAACAAGGUCGUUGCAUUGCGAGCAGAAAACUUUGAUCAUAUUCAUCUGUCCUAUGACAAGGGCAUGGAUUUUGUCUUAGACCAGAAGACGAUCAAAGAGUCUACAACAGAGAUGCAACUAGUAGACACUUACAUUGAUCGCAACCUACUGGAAUAUCGUCGGAUCAGCUUCAACCGAAACCUCAACCAGAUCGUCAGAAAGCACACACCGGAACUGAUGAAGAAGCAUUCAAACCUCAUCACGAUCAGUACAAGUCCUGUCAUGUCUCGUCGAGACGGCAUAAAGAACACCGAAUGCAUUGUCAUCUACUGUUCUUGCAAGGGUAUCAUUCCAUUAGAAGAGCCAGAGUUUCCACAGAAAUUAGACGGCAUUCCAGUUGAUGUCAGGGAAGGUUAUAUAUACUUCGCUACAGCACGAGAAUUCCAUGAUCCUCUCCGUCUAGGCUGUAGCAUAGGCGUUUCAGGAGAAUCUAAGGCGGGCUCUAUAGGCGUCUUUGUGAAGGAGAUUGAUACAGCAGAGCAGUAUGGACUACUGACAUGUGGCCAUGUUCUUCUUGCAAGCCAGGAACUUGAUAGGCCUACCUACUCCAUUCGACAAAACAUUCGCAGUGCUUCUAUUGAUGUUGUUCAACCUUCGUAUAUGGAUGACCCCAAUAACAGAACGUGUGGUAAACUCAUUGAUGCUAGAUUUGGAAAUGUUAUAUACAAAGGCAGUUUUACAGGCGUCGACUAUGCAUAUGUGAAAAUGACAAGUCGCAUACCUCGGGUAUUGAAAUUUCCUUCUGUCGAACGGGAACAUGAGGUGGCCUCAAGGAGAGAUGGUUACAUAGAAGAAAUGAAGAUGGGUCUCCCGAUACUAGACAUGGAUGAAAACGACACUAAACAUGAUGUGUGUAAAUUUGGAAGAACAUCAGGGUUUACAAAAGGAGUGUUUGAUUUUAGCGGGGCUGCUAUUCGAAAGGACACUUUGUCAGCUCCUCUUUGCCAGGGAGAGGAAGACCGUCACCUGUACAAUUUAUACAAUAUUAAAAGUUUGGGAAGGCCUUUUUGUGAUCUAGGGGAUUCUGGAGCGUCUGUUUUCAUACAGAAAGAAAGUGGGGCUCGUGUGAUUGGGUUAGCAGUGGGUGGUUUGAUCAAUGGCAGAGAAUGCUUCGUAACCCCUAUAGGUGCUGUGUUAGACUCCAUUGAACCGCGCAUUGAAAUCCAAUGUUUUCCGAAUUAGUGCAAUUACAAUUGGCAUUGCAGUGGAUGGCUGGUGGUGUGAAAUGAGAUAAAAUCACCUAUAGUUACUGUGCUGCGUUCACAUAUAAUAGAACUACGCUGCAUCAGACAAGGGAACUGAUGAAAACAUUUUCAACACACGUUGAAAUUAUUGAUGAUGGAAAUUAAUAAAAUUAGAAGACAAAAUAACCUACGUUGAAACUUUACAAUGGUUAUAUUCAUUUCUCUUGUAACUUUUCUGAUGUGAUCAAUUUGUUUUAUCAAAUGUAUUUCUAAGUGCUCGAAUUUCAAAUACAUGCAACUUUUCUCAAAUAUAUCUCAAGAUGAGAUUUAUAUGAAAUAUUUCUGUAUAAUACAACCUAUUCUAUGAUUGACAAUCAUACUUUAGUUUAUUUUAUCAAACUACUUUUCAAAAAUAACUUGUUGGUUUUUGACAAAAUUAGGUAUGGAGCAUCCCUCUGGCAGGGGGAAACAACAUUGUAUAAAGAUAAAUAUUUGCCCCAGGUGAAGAGAGUGCAGAAAAAUAAAGGCAAAUAUCUAUAAGCAUACUUCAUAAGUUGGGAUGAAGAGAUUUCAAACCUAUUUAUUACAAGGGAUUUCUUGGUGACAGGGCCUUAACUUUGUUUAAUGUGUGUCUAUGGGAGAAUAAAGGUGAGGGCAUAGAGGAAAUUGGGUUAAUAUUUUAAAGUCUAUUCCUUCAGUACAGUUAUUGCUUUUUAAACAAAAUCGCUUAUAACGUGUCCCUCUCGGAAAAAUUCUUGGAGUAUGAAGUUAUUUGGCUAUGAUAUAGAGUAUUGGUAUGUACCGGUAUGAAUAUUUGUAAGGUGGGGAUAUAAUUGGGUCCGUCCCCUUUAUUAAUUUGGGCCCUGUUCAUCUGCCUGCAUGGGGUCACACCUCUGUUUAUACAACGUUCAGUUCCCUUUGUCCAACAAUGUUAAAAAACAAACUUAUAAUAAUACAUAUGGCCGUACUGGACUAGUAAUGUAUGAAAGGAAAAUAUGACAACGGACGAAUGCCUCACCACAGCAUAAGCUCUCUUGGCCUUCUGGGUCAGGUAAUUUAAAAUGUGAGAUCUUCUUCAGAAAUUUGUCCAUGUCAGACCUUUAUACUUAUGGAUGCAUGAGCUCUACAUGCAUGUAGACUUGUAAACUAUGCUAUUGUCUUCUUCAUAAAUGCAGUGUUGAACACGCUUAUAUAUAUAUAUAUGAAGAACGACAGAGUGAAACUUAUUAAUCUCCUCAGUACAAAUAGUGUACAUGUUUGGGAGACAAAUAAGUCUUUCUACAGCGUGAUGGCAUGAGGCAUCUAGUUGUGAGACCCCUCCCCCUGCAUUUGCUCAGGGGACAUUAGGGUAACCAAAACUGAUCUGGUCAUCCUUUUAAAAAAAGCAUUGGGCCUCUAUAUUUUCUUUCUUAUGACUUAAAGUUGAAAUAAUAAAGUUUUAAUCCUGAUCUGCUCCCACUUUUACGGUACGGAUAUGACGGAUUUGGUAUCACGGAAAUUUGUGCCUUACCCAGAUAUAUAAUGAACAAUUCUUAAACAUGUAAUUAUUCAUUAUUAUGAAUAUGCUUGAACUGUAGUCAAUAUCAUAAGUGAGCAAAUAAAAAUACCAUA